CCCAAGAAACUAACCACCGCGCUCGCCGCAGCUCCAGGUCUCCAAGGCCAUCGACCGGUCUGACCUGUUCUUUAAUUUUUAUUGAUCGCCAUGGCAUGGAGGAAGAAGAACGGCGGCGAGUCGUCUUCGCCCGGCGCCUCACCGUGCCGCGACGACGAGCGGGAGAAGGUCCCCAGAGGGCACGUCCCGAUGGUCACCGGCUGCGGCGCGCGCGUGGUGGUGCCGGUGAGGCUGCUCCGGGACCCGUGCAUCGCGGAGCUGCUUGACAUGGCGGCGCAGCAGUACGGGUACGGCCAGCCGGGCGUGCUGCGGAUCCCAUGCGACGCCGGACACUUCCGCCGGGUCGUCGACGGCGCGCUGCACAGAGCCGACUAGGCGCCCGGCGUCAUUAGAGCAUGUGUGAAUACAUAUGCAGCAGUGCCACUGUAGAAGAGUAUAGUUGGAUAUACGAAGUCUGUUCUUUGAUUGAUCAGUUCUUUUGUACAUGAAUGCACGAGGAACGUGAAAGACAAAUUUGUGUCAAAUUUGAAGUGCUCACUCCAUCUGCACAAGAACUAUAUGGUUA